CUCUCUAUAUCUCUCUCUCUCUCUUUGUCACCUUCCACUGUCUCUCUUUAAGGUUGCAGACAAAGAAAGAGAGAGAGAUAGAGAAACUCAGUCUGUGAUGAGCUUCUUCUACUUCUGAAAACCAAGAAGCCAUCUUGGGGUUGGAUCCUCUGCUUCACACCCCCACAAGUUGAAGGAGGAAGUUGUGAAUGAUGCCAGCAAAGCUCGGAAAUGAAGACAGGCGGUUAGAAAAUUGUGGGCCAACUGCGUUGCAGUCCACUGUUUACUCCCAUCCUUGGUGGUCUGGAGUGGGGAGCAAUGGGUCCUUAGGUGAGAGUGGUUCAAAAUCUUCUUCAAUGGAACACCUAAAUGGUUCUGUGAAGAAUGGAGUGAUGCAGUUGAAAGCAAACGGUCAGUUGGAUGGUGGAGCUAAUUUUAAUAAAGAAACACAAGUCACCAUAGCGUCGCAAUCUGAUGGGAAUAUUGGGCAAGAGCACCAACAUGUUAACCAUGUUCCAUCCUCAACUCCUAAAAUGGGUGAACACCUCGAUCCAAACUCCAACAUGGAACUUGUUGGUCACUCAAUUGUAUUGACACCAUAUAUGUAUUCAGAGCCACAUUAUGGCGGAAUGUUGGCUCCUUAUGGGCAUCAAGCUAUGAUACCUGCCCAAUUAUAUGGAAUGCAUCAGGCUAGAAUGCCUUUACCUCUUGAAAUGGAAGAGGAACCUGUCUUCGUAAAUGCAAAGCAAUAUCAUGGUAUUCUGAGACGAAGACAGUCACGUGCUAAGGCUGAGCUUCAGAAGAAAGCGAUAAAAGUUCGAAAGCCAUAUCUUCAUGAGUCUCGACACCUGCAUGCUAUGAGGAGGGCAAGAGGUUGUGGGGGGCGCUUUCUUAAUACAAAGAAGCCUGAUAAUGAUGCCAAUCCUACUUCAGAAAAGGGCAUGAAUAUGGGUGCCAACUCUUCAGUGCAACCAACCAGUAAAUCUGGCUCUGAAUACUUGCCCAACAAUGGCAAUGGGAAAUUGGAUUCCUCACAUAAUAAGCAAGAAGGAUCACGUUCAAUGAUUCACAAUAUGCAUAAAGCACACAACUUGUCCAAUGGGAACGGCAAUGGCCAUGGUCUUUCAUCAACAUACCAUUCACUGUUUAGUGAUGACAAGGAAGGAGGCUACAUGGGUCAGCAGAGGGAGAGCAUGCAUAUGAAUGGGAUUGCACGUGGGGCACUCCCCAUUAAAUGAAGUUCACCGAAGGUGAACCUGAAGGCAUUUGCCCCAUCUAGGUUGAGUAGAAACCUUUCAUGUAUUGUGUUUCUAAGGCAAUUCAUUCUUGGCUUUACAAAAAAGGUUACUUGUCUUUGUAAGGGUGAAAUGAGCAAGAGAGAGAUGUGUUGUAGUGCUGCUGUUACUGUUCUGCAUUUAAUGCAUUUCCUUCCAUUCACCAGUAGUGUAAAAAGGGAAGAAAGUUCUUAACUGAUCAAGUAGGAAAUAGUAAUCAAUAUGUAAAAGUUUAACAAUCUAGAUAAGAAGGCUUCAGAAAUGUGAAGACUUAUUUGUGUAAGACAAAGGCUUUGCUUCUUCUAUCCUAAUUGUUAAAAUGUUGACAAUGUUAA